AUGGGUGGUGCUCUAGUGCUGGAUUGGUUCGGAGAAGACGAACGAGGGCGGAGCGGUGGCGGCGAUUGGGCAUCGGGGAUCGGCAGGCGUGUCGAUAGGGCCGCUGGGCUGUUCUCUACGGGGGGACGGACACGGUGGCUAAGGUUGGAAAACUGUCCGCUGGGGCUGCCCUCGGCCAGACGGGGAGCCAUGUCCUCCUCGUCUGUGGCGGCUGCUAGCGGAGCGGCCCUACGCCGCGAUGGCAAGAAGCUGGUACGCUCGCCCAGCGGGCUGCGCAUGGUCCCCGAGCACCGGGCCUUCGGCAGCCCCUUUGGCCUCGACGAACCGCAGUGGGUCCCGGACAAGGAGUGUCCAAGAUGUAUGCAGUGUGACAUCAAGUUUGACUUCCUAACCAGAAAGCACCACUGUCGCCGCUGUGGGAAGUGUUUCUGUGAUAAAUGCUGCAGCAAGAAAGUACCGUUGCCUCGGAUGUGCUUUGUGGACCCUGUACGACAGUGUGCAGAGUGUGUGCUUGUGUCUCAGAAAGAAAUGGAGUUUUAUGACAAGCAACUCAAAGUGCUCAUGAAUGGAGCCACUUUCUGUGUGACACUAGGAACAUCAGAAAAAUCUGAAUUGAUGGUUUGUCGCCUUUCUAAUAAUCAGAGAUACCUGUUUCUGGAUGGAGAUAGCCAUUUUGAAAUUGAAAUUGCUCAAAUUUCAACUGUCCAGAUACUAACAGAGGGCUUUACUCCUGGAGAAAAAGAUAUUCACACUUAUACCAGCCUCCUGGAGAGCCAACACAUUACUGAAGGAGGCAACGCUCGAGCCACUGGAAUGCUUCUCCAGUACAAAGAGCCAGGAGCUCAGGAUGUGACCCAGAUGAAGUUCACUGCCAGUGAAGACUCUAACUCGAACAAAAAGCAGUCAGCCACCUGGUUAGCAGCUAUGCAUAAGGCAGCCAAACUCCUCUAUGAAUCCCGGGACCAAUGAUCAUGGAAGUGUUUGAGAAGCUCUAUGAAACUUCCGUAUGUUCACAACUGAUUACUUCUGUAAGUGCUGGGAAAUGCAAUCAAAGUGUUUGGAAAAACCUAAGUGUUCAUUGAUAUAGUGCAAUAUGUAUACAGUUUAUUAAUGCUUUAAAUGCAGCUUCACAUUUGACUUUGUAUACUUUAUCUCAGUGGUACUUAUUAUGGGCUGAAGGAGAAUCUGACCCAUAACUGCUGUUAAACUGUCAGGUAUUUUGAGCAUAAUGUAUACGAUGUUUAUAUAAUACAUACUGGGUUUACCAUAGAGUACUUACUAGUAGGUCGUUUCAGUGUCCUUUUUUGCUUUCUUACGGGAGUAAAUCACUCAGGAUUUUUGCUUUAUAUUUGGAGGUAAAAUGUCCUGAUGUCGAGCUAUCCAUUGCCAAUAAAACCUGCCUUAGAUUGUUUUAUACAAUGUUCUUUUACGAUAUCACUAACUGGACUUAAACAAACUUUUGAUACUUACUAAAAGUUUGUAGUUUUUAUGGUCCAGGUUUUAUACUUUUCACUUGAUUAAAAUGAUUGUACAGCAAUUUGUGCAUAAAACAUGAUUAAAAACUAUUUUGGAAAAUUCAUAGCCAUGCUCCAUUUUUUGGUCUUGUAACUUCUAGAGGCCUGCAGGUCCUUAGUACAG